AUGACGUCUAUCGUCACAUCCCGUUCUCGAAGGAUCGCAACGGGAGCAGCACUCCCCGUGUCCACCCAACAUCCGGCCGUCGAAGACGAGUACUCCACGCCGAAUUUUCUUUCCACGAUAAUAGAUUAUGAUUAUUUUGGGCCUACUCUGCCUACCACCACCGAGGAGGAUCAGUACUUUCCGGCUGAAACCCUCUUCCCUACCAAGAUGAAUGGGGAGACCCCCGAAGCUGUUGGAGAAGGGGAGACGUCAAGUCCUGGAGAACCUCUCAGUUCUGGGUUGGCGUCCAGCAAAAACGAUUCUGGUUCUCUAAUCAGCAUGCUCAAAAUCUUCAAAAUCCCGGAAGAUCUCAAGGAGACCGUGGAAGACCCUUCGGUGAAGAAGAGCGCCUUGACUCAAGUCAACUCUUCAGAGCCAACUUUGGGAAAAGAGACCCUUCAAGGAGACCCUCUCGCUGAGUCCCAAGAAGCCUCAAAGGAAACACCAUCUCCUGAUUUGGACACUGGCCACGAAGCCACCGAGCUAAUCACGGAGAGAUAUUCUGGCAUAACAGAUGCUCCCAUGACUGUUUUGGCAACCUUGGAAGAAGACUUCUUAGCAUCUCCCUCUACAGAAGAAGCCCAGACUGAACUUUCCAGUGAAGGUCCUCCAGAUGGAGACAAACCGUUGGAGAACAUCCCUGGAGAACCAAAUCUGGAGGAAGAAUUCAAGCCCACCUCAACUUCAUGGGAAGAAACCAAAGCUGCCCCUUUAGAGGCAGAGAAAGACACCCCAGAACCAUCCAUGGAUGAGAGUGGGACGGUAGAAGACCCAUCCUCAAAUGCCACAGUUUUUUCUAGCACCCCAGAAGACCUGCCUGACCAAGGAACAGGAGAGAACGUAGAUGCUGGAGAUCAACCUUUGCUGUUUUCAGAGGAUAGUCCUGAGACCUCACGGCUUUCAACAGGGUUCCCUCCCAUUCGGCCAUUGCCCACCGAUGAAAAUUUUGGAUCUCCAGGGGCAAGUGACUUUGAUGUAGGCUCCCUUCAACCAUCUCCUGCUAGUGUGGAUCCUGGUUCUCCUGAAGGAAGAGGAGAUACAGACCCAAUUCCAUCUUCAUCAGGCCCAGAGCUUAAUCAUGAAAGCCCUGUCAACUUGCCCAGCGAAGAACCAGAAGACCUCGUAGAUGCUGAAGCAUCGAAUUCCUCUCCUUCAGAUAGAACAACUGAUGGUCCAUCUGACUCAGGGCCUCCCGGUGACACCCUCGUUAGGACUUCACAGUUGGAUGCAUCAGAUAUUCCUUUGAUGGGGCUUUCUGUAACGCCAGAGAUACCUUCUCAGUUGCCUGAAGAUGGUGAGGUGGGGGCAACCUCCACAGUGGAAGAAGAAGGAGAAGAAGAAGACUCAGGAAACCCAAAGAGCAAUGAAGGGACAUCUUCGUUGUCACCACUUCCAGGACAAGAGUCUGCCCAGGGAACUGAGAUACCAGAUGAAGAAAGAUCUGCAGAUCUCCUCAGUGACACCGCUUCCUCCUUGAACCCUGGGGUGGAAACAGCUAAUUCAGAGUUAGAAGAUAGUGAGGCUGCUACCACAUCCAACAGUGUUCCUGAGGAUGAAAUAAAUCCUAUAUCUUCAGUUUUGGAUACUGUGUCUGAAAAUGAAUCAGGGGCUUUGUUUGAGAUGACGGCGAGUUCUCCUCCACCUGUGGAUAAUGAAGGAGCUGACGGGGCUCAAGAACCACCUGCAGAAAGUCAACGAUCAUCCACAGAAAUUUCAGCUCUUGCAUCUACUGAUGGACCAUCUUCAGAGACAGAAGGAAAUGAGGUCUCGCCUAGUGGAUCACCUGGAAAUAUUGGUUCCUCUUUCGAUGAGGUAGAUACAGAAGCCAACAGUGAAGGUGGCAGUGGGACAGAUCUCUCACCUCCUGGAUCUACCAACGAACCUUCUGAUACAGAGCUCUCUCCAAUUUCUGGAACCCCAUUGCCUAUGGGAAGAUCAGGGACCUUGAAUGAUCCACUGUCUCCAAGUCAGUCACUUGUAGAGAAUGCCCUAACAUCUGGUUCCAAUUUCUCCUCAGAAGGAGAACCUACCUUUCCUUCAACAUCUCCCGAUGAAGCACUUUCUGGAUCUCUAAUUUCAGAACCAGACGCAACAGAACUUCCGUCCAAUUCAUUACCUGGUUCCCAACCUUCUUCUCAACUCCCAAAAGAGGAUGACAUGGAAACAGGUUCAGGGGACUUAGAAGGACCACCUGCAGAAGCUUCAGCUCCUGGAUCUACCAACGAACCAUCUUCAGUGAGAGAAGGAAGUGAGGUCUUGUCCAGUGGAUCACCUGAAGGUUCCCAACCUUCUUCUCAACCCCCAAAAGAGGAUGACAUGGAAACUGGUUCAGGGGACAUAGAAAAUUCUCCUCCUCCUCCUGUGGACAGUGAAGAAGCUGCUAAGGCUCAGGGACCACCUGCAGAAACUUCAGGUCCUGGAUCUACCAAAGAACCAUCUCCAGAGAGAGAAGGAAGUGAGGCCUUGCCCAGUGGAUCACCUGGAAAUAUGGGUUCUCCUUCUGAAAACAGUGACACCAUCCCAAGUGGUUCCUCAGAUGAGGUAGACACACAAGCCAACAGUGAAGAUGACAGUGGGUCAGAUCUCCCACCUCCUGAUACAGAGCUCUCUCCAAUUUCUGGAACCCCAUUGCCUAUGGAAAGAUCAGGGACCUUGAAUGAUCCACUGUCUCCAAGUCAGUCACUUGUAGAGAAUGCCCUAACAUCUGGUUCCAGUUUCUCCUCAGAAGGAGAACCUACCUUUCCUUCAACAUCUCCCGAUGAAGCACCUUCUGGAUCUCUAAUUUCAGAACCAGACGCAACAGAACUUCCGUCCAAUUCAUUAUCUGGUUCCCAACCUUCUUCUCAACUCCCAAAAGAGGAUGACAUGGAAACAGGUUCAGGGGACUUAGAAGGACCAACUGCAGAAGCUUCAGCUCCUGGAUCUACCAACGAACCAUCUUCAGUGAGAGAAGGAAGUGAGGUCUUGCCCAGCGGAUCACCUGAAGGUUCCCAAACUUCUUCUCAACUACCAAAAGAGGAUGACAUGGAAACUGGUUCAGGGGACAUAGAAGAUUCUCCUCCUCCUCCUGUGGACAACCAAGGAGAUGCUAAGGCUCAAGGACCACCUGCAGAAACUUCAGCUCCUGGAUCUAUCAAUGAGCCAUCUUCAGAGAGAGAAGGAAGUGAGAUCUUGCCCAGUGGAUCACCUGAAGGUUCCCAACCUUCUUCUCAACCCCCAAAAGAGGAUGACAUGGAAACUGGUUCAGGGGACAUAGAAGAUUCUCCUCCUCCUCCUCCUGUGGACAACCAAGGAGAUGCUAAGGCUCAAGGACCACCUGCAGAAACUUCAGCUCCUGGAUCUACCAAUGAGCCAUCUUCAGAGAGAGAAGGAAGUGAGAUCUUGCCCAGUGGAUCACCUCAAGGUUCCCAACCUUCUUCUCAACCCCCAAAAGAGGAUGACAUGGAAACUGGUUCAGGGGACAUAGAAGAUUCUCCUCCUCCUCCUGUGGACAAUGAAGAAGCUGCUAAGGCUGAAGGACCACCUGCAGAAACUUCAGCUCCUGGAUCUACCAAUGAGCCAUCUUCAGAGAGAGAAGGAAGUGAGGCCUUGCCCAGUGGAUCACCUGGAAAUAUGGGUUCUCCUUCUGAAAACAGUGACACCAUCCCAAGUGUUUCCUCAGAUGAGGUAGACACACAAGCCAACAGUGAAGACCGCAGUGUGUCAGAUCUCUCGCCUUCUGAGACAGGGCUCUCUUCAAUUUCUGGAAUCCCACUGGCAACUUCUCCCCAACCACCAAAAGAAGAUGACACGGAAACACACUCAGAGGUUCCAGAAGAUUCUGUUACCUUUGAUGGAGAAGAAACUUCCUCUGCUCCAUCCACCAUAAGCCCUCAGUCAGCUCUUGCAGAAGCUACUGAGGAACCAAGCAUUUCUGGAGACUCAAGCGAUGGACCAAUCUUAUCUCCUAAAGAAAAGAGAAUUGGAUCUACCUCAGAGCCAGGGGUUAAUGAAGAACCUCUUCUAGAUGGUGACAAUACCCAGGACAAAAUCAAUACUCGACCUUCUGAGCAACAGCUAGGUUCUGAAGAUGCACUGGAAAGCAGUAUCCCAAGUUCUGGAGAUGAACCAGAUGUAAAAUCUGGAACAAUUCCUCCCCUUGUAGACACUGAGAUGUCAACAAAAACUCAGGAACCCUCAGGAGAAACAUCUUCUGCAUCUAUUGAGGAUAUGCUUUCCAAUUCAGAGAAUGAAGAUGGAGAACCCUCCCCAAGUCUAUCACCCAAAACUCUUGAUUCUACUCCAGGCAGUGAAGUUGUAGAUGAAAGAAGGGAUGGGGAAGAUGACACAGGGUCAGCUUCAUCAGCCAAAACAGCCGUUACAGUGAGCAACAAUGGUCAGCCCAGAAGUGACUUUCUUGUGGGACAAUUAGUAACUUCACCCGUUGGAGGAAUUUUAGCUCUGGCACCUUUAGAAGAUGAAGAGACCUCAGUCCCAAGGGAUGACGCUCAGUUGUCAACAGGAGCAGUAUCUUCUGAGGUUGCAACACCACAAUCAGCCUCUUCUGCCGAAGGAACGGAAACUUCUGCCUCUGAGCCAUUCGCUGGGGGUUCUCAACCAUCUCCAGAUGAUGAAGCAGCACCUGGAACUUCUAAAAAGACAGAACAACUGCAAACAUCUGCAGCUAGUGAGAAGGUAUCACCUUUGGCUUCAUUGACCAGAGAGACACAAGAACCCACAACCUCAGAAAGUGGUGAGUUUUCUGGAGCCCUCAACAAAGAAAGCCCUGCCUUCCCUGUUGAAGUGGCGGGAACUGCCAAUUCACCUCCAGCAACUGACAAGUCAAUCCAGUUCCUUCCAGAAGGUGUGGUUUCUUCUGAUGGAGUAGAAGAAGAUUCCGAAGACAUCACUAAUAUGAUCAGUGAGAUAUCUUCUCAAGAUCCAUUGGACAGAGGAUCAGAGUCUAAAACACCUACCAGCGAAGAGGAUAUUGAAGGACUUAGUGAUGGACAAUUCUCCCUAAAUAAUAACGGGACUGAAACAGCUACGGUGGAGUCAGCAAAUAACGGACUAUCUCAGCUACUUCCUGAUGGUGUUCAGCCAUCUACAACCACUGGAACUUCUGAGAGAUCAGAAGGUCCGUCCAGUGUAAAUGGGAAGGAAGGAUCUUUGAUCCCAUCAGCUGCAGAAUCACAUUCAACUUCUGCUUCUACUGAAGAAGUGGAAAACGCCAACUUAGAAUCCGGGACUCACCCAGAAUAUCAAUCAUCUCUAGAUGGUUCGCCAACAUCAGAGGUUCAAGAUUCUAAGAGCGCAGAAGCAGUAGAAGAAGAUACUUCCAACAAUGGGGAGAAAUUGUCUUUGACAUGGUCAGCCACAACAUCACAAUCUCCAGGAAUAUCAGAUGGUGAGGCUGUUUCUGGAGGAACUGGGGAAUCUUCUCUCCCUGGUGAAGAGUUGGAAACGACUGGUUCGGGGUCAACAAAUAAUGCAGGAGCUCAGCCAUCUGUAAUGGCUGGUGGAGCUACUGAAACAUCUGACGUGUCCAACAGAGUACAACCAUUAGAAAGCUCUUCUUCUGCUAGUGAGGGAGAGACUUCUUUAGCUUCAUCAGCUACGGAAUCAUCAACAGCCCUAGAAGAUCAAGAGGUCUCUGGAAAACCUAGCGAUGGAGCUGGGGUGGAAGCAGUCAAUUCAGAACCAGCAACUAAUGCAGAACCUCAGUCAUCUCCAAACGGUGUUGUUGGGUCAGAUGAAGUUCUAGCUUCUGAAGAGGCAGGAACACCAGAAGUCUCAGGAAUGAGUGAAGGAUCUUUGGCUGCGUCUGGUCCAGAAUCACAAGCCAUCUCUUCUUCCCAUGAAGAAGAAACUAGCAAGACAGUUACAAACGCAGGAUCUCAACUACCUCUAGAUGGAAAAUCAUCAACAGGGACUCCACCUCCUGAUGGUGCAAAGAUAGUAGAAGCGUCCUCCAGUGUGCCUGGAGAAAAGGAAUCGUUGUCUCCGUCCACUCCAGAGUCACAAGGAGAUUCAUCUUCCACCAAAGAGGUGGGAACUGCCAGCAGAAAGUCAACAACUGAUGAAGGAUCUCAGUUAUCACCAGAUGGAACAUCCCCAGAAGGUUCUCUUGCUUCUGAGGGAGCAGAACCAACAGAAAGCCACUCCAUCGCCAGUGGGGAGAAGGCUUCUCUGGUUCCAUCAGUCACAGAACUGCAAUUGCCAGAAACAUCUGCCAACGAAAACAUUCUUGGAGGACUUGAGAAUGGAGAAUUUUCCUUAUCCCCAGGAAAGGAGAUAGCCAACGCAGGGUCAACAUCAAAUAAUGCAGGAUCUCAAACAUCUCCAGAUAGCGUAGCUACAGAAGGGGAAGAAGCAGAGACAUCUGAGGACGAUUCAGUUGUAAGCGAGAAACAAUCCUUAGCUCCAUCGUCUACUCAACCACAGUCCCCUGGGACAUUAGUCAGCAAAGAUGUUUCUGAAAACCUGGUUAAUGAAGAACCAUCCCUCUCCAGCGAUGGAGGGACGGAUACUGCCAACAUAGGAACAGCAGGUGCCCAAGUGUCCAUUUCUUCCACAGGAACAGGUGUGAAUCAAAACAAUGUAGCAGAACAAUUUGGACAAAAUUCGGAGUCAAUAAGUGGACAACCUUCUAGUGAUGGAGCCAUGAUUGCUGAAUCUCCAGAAGAAACCUCGAUUCCCAGCUCAGUAUCUUCUGAUGGGAACUUGGCCACCCAAGGAAUGAGCCAGGAUUUUGGUGCUCCGGAUUCUUCCCAGCCAUCUUCAGAUAUCCAGGGAAAUUUGGCAAAUUCCAUCAGUGCUGGACGUGCAGAAGACUCUCUCCCGCCUCUAGGUGACCAUAUUUCCAUUGGUGAUACUUUGGGUGUAUCAGACGGCCCAACCUUGGAUGCCAAACCAGGUGGAGAGGUUCUGCAAGGAGUCUCUGAGGUUUUGGACAGUGUCAAUAACUUAAUCCACCCAUCUUCUGCUGAAGGAACCAAACCAGCAGCGGGUCAACUAUCAGGAGUAGCCUCUCCAUUGGCUUUCUUGCUUCCCCAAAACGGGCUGCUCUUAGCACCCUCUAAACUAGGUGGCCCAAAACUAGGAAGUGUGGUUGGGAAAGGUUCGUCUCCCUCAACUCCAGAAGAAAAAAGUGAAGUUUUCAAUUCAAUCUUGGCCAUUCACAAGGGGCUAUCCACAGCUUCUUCUGCAGAUGGAGUGCAACCUUCUCUUUUGGGUGCAAAAGGAAGUCCAGCAAAGGCAUCGAAGUUGGUUCCUGGGAAACCAGGACUUCAAGACAAAGAUGAUGCCCUUCUCCUGUUCUCCAAGCCUGAAGUCCCAGCAAAGGCAUCAAAGUUGGCUUCUGGAAAACCAGGACUUCAAGGGAAAGGAGAUGCCCUUCAACUGUCCUCCAAGCCUGAAAUUCCAGCAAAGGCAUCAAAGUUGGCUUCUGGAAAACCAGGACUUCAAGGUAAAGGAGAUGCCCUUCAACUGUCCUCCAAGCCUGAAGUUCCAGCAAAGGCAUCAAAGUUGGCUUCUGGAAAACCAGGACUUCAAGGUAAAGGAGAUGCCCCUCAACUGUCCUCCAAGCCUGAAGUUCCAGCAAAGGCAUCAAAGUUGGCUUCUGGAAAACCAGGACUUCAAAGUAAAGGAGAUGCUCCUCAACUGUCCUCCAAGCCUGAAGUUCCGGCAAAGGCAUCAAAGUUGGCUUCUGGAAAACCAGGACUUCAAGGUAAAGGAGAUGCCCCUCAACUGUCCUCCAAGCCUGAAGUUCCGGCAAAGACAUCAAAGUUGGCUUCUGGAAAACCAGGACUUCAAGGGAAAGGAGAUGCCCCUCAACUGUCCUCCAAGCCUGAAGUCCCAGCAGAGUUGGCUUCUGGAAAACCAGGACUUCAACUCACAGCAGAUACCCGUCUCCUGUCCAUCAACUCUGACGUCCUAGCCAAUUUGGGGCUCACCCUUCCUGGGAAACCAGGUCCCGCAUCUCCAGACAGCUCUUCUGCUUCAGAUGAGAAGGACGGGAACUUUUCAAGUGGCUCCAACUCGGCAGAAGAGCAUCAGAGUUUCAUGAAAGGUAAGGUUGCUCUUGACUUAAGCAAAGCCAAACUGAGCGAUGUUCAUCUCGCCUUAUCUGGAGUGGGCCUACUAGCCACCAAGUUUUCAGAACCCGCCGGCAAAACCUCAAGGAGGAAGUCCGAUUCGAAGAAGUCCAAGGACAAGAAAACCAAACGAGAUGAAAAACCUGCCGUCGUCGCUGGUGCACCAUCAGGCGCAGCGGUCUCCUUGUACCCCUACGGUGCCAGUGUGAACGAUAAGCAGUACGUCGAAAGGAAAGUGGAUUUUAGGUCGCCCCUCUUCAAGCCCGAGAUUGGGAUCCCAUUUGGAAAAACCCUACGCAACUCUCUUUACUUCACGGAUAAUGGACAAAUCAUCUUCCCCGCCUCUGACAAAGAUAUUUCCAGCUAUCCCAACCCACCUUCCAGUGGGUUUAAUGGCCGUGAGGAAGUACCCAUGGUGGCUGUGUUUUGGGACAAUGCUGACUUCUCCCGAGGGUCUGGCACCAUCUUUUACCAGACAAACACCUAUCAAGCCAUUCUCACCACAGAUGGUUACCGAACCUACGCGCUGUUCCUUUACCAAGAUGGAGGGAUGCAGUGGGACUACACUAAACUCUCAGCCCCCAAUGUGCUGAUCGGGUACACCAGCGGCGAUGGAUAUUUCAAAAACGAUAAUUUGAUGACUCAAACACCAGCUGAGAAAUACCGUCCCGAUGGCUUCCAAGGUUACAAUACAGAUGUGCGUGGUCUGUGGAUAUACAAACUGGAUAGCAAGAUCCAUGUGAAUUACCGGCAGAGGUGCCUGGAUUGGUUGGGUCACGAGAGCCUCCCAUCGGCCUGGAACAGGAACCUGCCCCCUUGUCCUUGCUCUCUGCAACAGGGGAUGUCGGACAACCGCUACACAACCAGCCAAAAAGGCGGGGAAAACUCCGGCUUAACCCUGCUGUAUUCAUCCAGUCCAAAUAUCUACGGGGCAGGCGUCCGAUGUCUCUACAACCAAAGCGGCCGGCUCCAAGAAGGUCGGCAAGAGAGAGUCUGGAAAAAUUCCAGGAAAAACUACCCCAACAACGACGAAGAAUUGAAAUUGCAUGACUGGUGCUGUAACAAGGCCGGAAAUCCACAGAUGUGUGAGAAGUACGAUCAGAAGAGACCCAGGAUCGGUUGCCAAGGGUACAAGCCACCAAUCUAG